GUCUGGAAAGGAAGACUAGAUCUAUGGCUGUGCCGGAUUAACAAUUUUUUUUCAUUCCAAUUAUUAUUUUUUCACUCGUCUAAUUCGUUUCAUUGAGACAGGCAAGUGGCCAAAAAAUGACCAAUUUUAACUGACCAGUUUGGAUAUCCUGGAGCGGCAUUGCUGAUGACAUGACAAAACCAACCUGAAUCCAGAGAUUUACUGAGAAUCUUCGGUGACAUGGAAUCUCCUGAAAAGCUGAAAAAAAGGAUGGAUCCUCUGGAAAGUGCAAAAGGAAAUGAUGUCAUAAUUAAGAAUGAACCUCCUGAAUUUGAACCAGCUACUGUCGCCUUCGAUGACCAAACCAGGGAAGCAGAAAAUCAAGGGGGACCUUCGGGAAGUGGCAGUUCGAAUUUGUCACAGCAUAUUGCAUUUUCUUCUGCGUGUUUCUUGGAUAGACCCCCAGUGUUAAGAGAAGAUUCUGAUGUCUCUGGUCUGCACCGCAGUACAAUUGAUGGAGGAUCACCACUUACAGGGUAUCAAGUGCCUGGUGUCCCUCAAGGCGCACUCCUUGGUACUACAUUACCUGUUGGUCAUUCUGUUGGAUUUAGGGAUCCAGAAUACCAUUCACCUUCCAAUGGGUUCAUGUGCCAAGAGCGGACAGAGGAGCCACAAAAUACAACCCAGAGUUAUCUUUCAAAUCUUUUAAGACAUGGCAUUAGUUCUUCAAGCUUCGUACAAGAUAAUGCCUUGUCAUCAGAAAUUUCAAAGCAGAAUGUAGCCAUAUUAAGGAAAGGCAGUGAAAUGUUUCAGGAACAUAGCAGGAAGAUUGAUUUGAAAGAAAGUAUACCAGUAAGUAGUGAUAGUCGUGAUGAGAGGACGGAAGACGUGGUGCCUAUGGACUUAACUGUGGCAUCACAUGGGGUUCUUCAAGGUGCACUAUUAGGUCCUUCAUCAACUUAUUUUUUAUCAGAUAAGAUUAAAGGUGAGCCUGAAGAACAUAGUAAAGCUUCCUCAGCAUUGGAUUGUCAGGAUAGUCAUCUCCAGGUUUUUUCCAAAAAUAUUUAUUGUUCUUCGAGCACAUUACAAAGUUACGCAUUUUCUGCCCAAAACUGCCAAAUAAUAAAUUGUUCUUCAAAAAUAUCACAAAAUAAUACAGUUUCUGUAGGAGGUUCCCUGCCAACCAGUGAAAUAAAAGAAUAUCAAAACUCAGAGGCAGAAUGUAUGACUAGUGCUAAUAAUGGUGAGAAUACUAUGAGCAAUGAAUUACCUGGUGUCCCUCAAGGUGCUUUACUAUGUACUACCUUUUCUUCAAAUGAAUUAAGAGCAAAUCAUGCUAUGACUUCAUUAGAAAAGACUUUGGAACUUGUAAGGAAGAGAAAGAAUGGGCUGAGUAACUCGGAAGCUACAAGCAGUAAGAAUAUGAAGAGGAAAAGAAAACCAAUAAAACCUACAAAGUCUAUAGAAUACUGUAAAGAAACAGAAAGAUUGAUAAAGGAAAAUCUUUCGUCAAGAGCAUUGACAGCUUCGGGUGAAACUGAUCAGAUUAUGUUGAUGGAAGAUGGUUCCUCUACUCUUGACGAUGAACAGUUCUCAACUUUCUUCACUCAACACCAGCAUUCUCUACUGAAUUUCAAGCAAUACGAAUGUCUCAAGUGUGGCCAAGACUUUGCCUCAAGGAAAGCAAUGAACGUCCACAUCCGAACCUACUGCAAAGAAACGCCAUUCUGGUGCACAGAGUGCAAUCAAAGCUUCACAGACAACCACUCGUAUAUGAUGCACAUGCAGAUUCAUAGGCCCUACGAAUGCGACGACUGCGGUGGAAAAUGUGCCGAUAGUACUACAUUGCAUAAACAUAAGUUAUUCCACUUGGACUCAAAGAACUUCCAAUGUUCCUUGUGUCCGAAGGUAUUCAAGCAGCGGGCUGGGUUGGCUUGCCAUAGGAUCAAUGCUCAUCCGGAAAUGGCAUCUGACAUCAAGCCAUUCUGGUGUGCAGAAUGCAACAAGGGCUUCACCCAGAAUCACUCGUACAAGGCUCACAUGCGGAUCCACUCCGGAGAGCGUCCAUACCUAUGCAAGGAAUGCGGUGCAGCCUUUGCAGAUAACAAAACCCUGCAGAACCACAAGGCCUUGCACUCCGACGAGAGGACCUUCAAAUGUACGCUUUGCCCGAAGAUGUUCAGGCAGAGAGCUGGAUUGGCUUGUCACAUGAAGACCCACACUGACGAGAAGCCAUUUGUGUGCGAGCUCUGCGGGCAACGCGUCAAGACUAAGUCCACCUUGAAGAACCACCUAAGGAUACAUUCUGAAGAGAAACCUUACAAAUGUCCUCUCUGCCCUCAAGCCUUUAAGCAGAGGGCGGGUCUUGCGUGCCACAGUAAGGUUCAUGAAAAGGGUAACCCUGUUUGAUAUCUUUCUUUCUCUUUAAAAAGCAGUAGGGGUGGUCUUGCUUGCCUCAGUAAGGUGCAAGAAAAGGGUAACCCAGUUUAAUUAUCUUUUAAAAGCAGAGGGUGGGUCUUGCCUGAAACAUGAAAAGGAUAACCCAGUUUGAUCUUUUUCAAAAAAGCAGGGGGGUCAGGUCUUGCCAGUUUACUUUCAUUUGGUCCAAUGCAAAUUCGUCCAAUUGCCAGCUCGUCUACUAUCAUUUGGUCUACCAUUAGUUCUUCCACCAUCCACAUGGUCUAUUUGCCAGUUUGUCCACUCACUAUUUCGUCUAAUAAUCAGUUGGUCCGAUAGCCAUUUAGUCCAUAUACCAUUAUACCAGUGUUAUUGG